AGGUCCCGCCUCUGAGUCCUGACUUCCGGGGGAUCUUCCAUGUUCUCGCGGCACAGGAUUCGUACACGCUAAGCGAGCAGACCUGACCGCAGCGUGCUCUGUGCGUCUGUCGCAGCUGGAAAUCGCUACAGGAGAGGACUGUGCUGUAACUGCGCGGCAUAUAUAAUCUCUCACCAUGGCUAAAGGAAAGAAAGCAAGGACCAUGAGCUACUCAGAGGCGAAAGACCACUAUCUCACACACUGUGACCUCUGCCAAAUCCCCAAGGGUAUUUGUCGGGGAGCUAUUCAUAAAUACAUGCAGGACAAACAGAUAUUUUUAAAGGACGCUACCGAUGAUUUUGUAACGCUGGAGGAGAAAAUCCACGCACUAAGGGAGGCGGAACCUAUGAUUGGUCUUGAAUACAUCACCCAGUAUGCCCGGGAUGCAAAGGGGUUCUUCAUAUAUAAAUGCGACCUGUGCAGCAAUUUUUUUAAAUGCUAUCAAAGCGUUAACCAUGUCGUCGGAACUAAUCAUCGGCUUUUGUACUUGAAAACGAAGGGUUUCGGGCAACAGAAUAUUCUCUUCAAGAAUUUGGCGCAAUAUCGAGAAUUUAUUAAGCGGUGCAAGUUUGCUGAGAAAUUUUGGGGAAGGAAUAAGAUAACGGUGGUGGAUUAUCUCGCUCCGUUAGCAGCCACUGCUGGAGAUGGACACAGUCCAACCUUUCUAGAAUUAAAAGCAGCUCAUGAAGCCAAACUGAAAACCGCACAGGACAGUGGUGGAAGUAUUACGGUGGAGGUGCCCAAAUGUGACGUGGACAGUUUCAGCUGCAAUGAGGAGCUGUUUGAAUUCUUGGGAACCUUCUCUGUAGAAAGUGAGCGCGACGUCCCCUUUGUCAUGAAAGUCUCAGACAUCUUUACUAAAUCCCUGGAGCAACACAACCGUCUGAAAGAGUUAAAAAGACUUGUUUUUGCUAACAGAAAGAAAAUGCAAGAAUUCAAGAAGGCAUCUAGGACAUUACCUACAAGAGAACCGAGAGAGAGUCGCCGGCCAGUGGUAGACCAUUCUCGUUCACGCUCGUCGAGCAGGAGAGAUUCUGGCGAAACCCACAGGGAUAGCAGGUAUAAAAAUCAGAGUGGUUACGGAAAAAGGAACCCCGGAGCAGCUGCCGGAGGCAAGAAGGGUAAAAAAGGUGCUGCCAACAAGAAUAAAAAACGGACUAAUUACGGAACAGAGAACCCUGCAGUAAUUCGUAUGUUACAACAGCUGGAUGCUUUCAAAGCAAAGCAGAUUAAACAAGGUCCUGCCAUCAAGCAGCGUGGUUCUGGAGCAAAGAAACUUAGAGCAGCUGCCAACAAGAAUAAAAAGCAAAGCGGUUUCGGAAGAGCGAGCCCCGGAGCAGCUGACGGAGGCCAGCCAGGUAAACGAGGUCCGGACAACGAGAAUAGAAGGCAGAGUGGUAACGAAACAGAGAACCCCGGAGCAGCUGACGGAGGCCAGCCAGGUAAACGAGGUCCAGACAACGAGAAUAGAAAGCAGAGUGGUAACGAAACAGAGAACCCCGGAGCAGCUGCUGGAGCCCAGGAGGGUGAACAAGGUGCUGCCGACCAGCCUAAAAACCCCGCUGAUUACGGAACAGAGAACCCUGCAGUAAUUCGUAUGUUACAACAGCUGGAGACUGUCAAUUCCCAGCUGGGUAGACGAGGUCCUGCCAACAAGCCUAACAAUCGGCGUGGUUCUGGAGCACGGGACCCUGAAGGACGUGGAUCUCGCUAUAACCAGGACCAGGAGAAUCCCGGACCCUCGUUUCAUGAUCCAACGCAGCCUACUGGAGCAGGCAAACGUAAAGGAUCCCCGGACCAUCAGCCAGAAGACCAGUGGCCCAGCAAGGUUCAUGCUAGAGGCGGCUCCUCUCCCCCCAGAGACCCCGGUGAUGGCAGAAGAGAUUUACCGGCAGACUCACCCACUGACACCGGUCUCACCACAUUAUAGGGAGCCCAUCUCCGUGUUAUGGGACAUGGGAGACGGACAGGAGAGGGAAUACCGACACUGCAGAAAUAUCCAAGAAAAUAGAGAUUUUAUCCUAAGUGAAAGCUUCAGUGUUCCAGCAAUGUUACCAGUCAUACACCUGUUUUACAGUGACUGCAUUCAUAAGGGUUUAUAGUAUAACAUGGGGCCUCAUGUAUAAUAGUUCUGUAACCCAUAGCAACCUACCUGAUAGUCCUUUCCUAAGUUGUACUACAAAGUUGGAAUCCUGUUGCUUUUGGUUACAGCACAUAGCAAAAUAUGGGUGAUUCAUUUUGUGCAGUGUUGUCUUUGUUAAUUUACAAUAAAUGUUCCCCCUUUCUUAUUAUCAAGAA